GUUUUUUUUAAAAAAAAAUUUUUUUUAAAUUCCAAGUCGCGGACUCUCUUCUUCUUCCGUCACACUCUUCCCUGUCCCCCCCACCCCCCUUUUUUUUCUUUCUUUUUUAAAACUGUGAAUAAUAAUCUUUCAAACCUCCCAACUCCGGAGCACCGAGCUCCACCAGAGGGGGAGAGGAGGAGACUUGACGCCGAGCACAGAGCCUGUGUCUGUCCGCUCGACUCCGCGGCGGAAGAGGAGGAAACCCGAGCUCCCCGUCGCCACCUCCGCGCCACCAGUCCUCCCGUGGCACCGUGCGGAGGAGGAGGAGGAGAGGAGGAGGAGGAGGAGAGGAGGAGGAUUUAACCGGAGGUUACGGGGAGAGGAUUUUAAAAAAAACCCGCCGGAGGAGCUUUUCACGAUCUGAAAGGUGCUCGACGCAAUGGGACGGCUAAGCCUCUGAAGGGGGCGAGCACAAAGGGCCGAGGGGAAGAGGCAGAAUAAAAGCCAACGGAGGGAGAAAGAAGAGAGGGACAAAAGAAGAAGAGGAGGGGGAGGAGGUGGACGAUUCUUGCCCGGCGCCAGGCGAGGUGGAGAGAUUUUGGGCGGAGAAGGAGAGGGGAGGGAGGGACAUUUGAAAGGAAGGAUUUGCUCGACCUGUCGAGGGUGCAUGCUCCCCCCCACACUAAGUCCUCCGUCCCACUUGGACAUCCUCCUUUUUUCUUCCUAUCUGCACCAGUGACGGGCCGACAAAAGACGAAGAAUGCGCACUAAACUAAGUGUGGGAGGCGUCGGGGCGAGCAGGGGCCUCGACGUGAGACUACCCAGGACUAGAGCCGUGCUGCUGGGCUUGCUCGUCGCCAUGGCGACCUGGCUCCCUGCGCCGGUCGGCGCAGAGGUGGAGAUCGACGUGCUGAGCGAGAUGGUGUUCGUGGAGACGGGCGGGCCGAGCGAGAGGGUGGGCGGGCGGAGCGAGCUGGAGGCCUCCAUGCAGUCCUCCUUCCUCCGGGACAUCCAUGAGGCGACGGAGGGCGUGCGCGCCACGGAGCCUGUCGCCGCUGGAACGGGCGAGGAUGCCGCGACUCAGCAGAACGCCUUCCCGGACUCCUCGGCGGUGGUGGGUCGGAUCUUCCAGAUGAAGGUGCCGAACAAGAUGGAGGACGUUUACCUGGGCGACAUCGUCAAGAUUACUGAGAUGGGUAAGGAUUCGCUCCCCGCCUGGCUUCACUGGGACGCCAGCAGCAGAAUCCUGCAGGGUCUACCGUUGGAUGAGGACAAAGGUGUCCAUUACAUCUCUGCAUCCAUCUCCAACCACACAAAAUCCUCUUCUUCAGAGGUGUUUUCCAUUGAGGUACACCCUGAAGAUCAUUUGGACGCAGAAGCAGCCCAACUGGCAUCCAACCAAGCACCCACUGAAGACGAAGUCCAGCCAUUCAUGUGUGGCAACGAGGAACCAGUCACAGUGCUGACAGUGAUCCUCGAUGCAGAUUUAACCAAGAUGAGCUCUGAACAGAGGGUAGAGCUCCUGGAUAACAUGAGGAGCUUCUCUGGGGUGGAGCUCCAGCACAUGAAGAUACUCCCCGUGGUCAACAACAGGCUGUUUGACAUGUCUGCAUUCAUGGCAGGGCCAGGGAAUGCGAAAAAGGUGGUGGAGAAUGGCGCUUUGUUGUCGUGGAAACUCGGCUGCUCGCUGGACCAGAGCACUGUCCCGAAUAUCAACAGUGUCCAGGGUCCUGCAAAGGAAGGCACAAUGUCGGCCAGGCUGGGCUACCCUGUAGUGGGAUGGCAUAUUGCCAACAAGAAGCCCCAUGUGCCGAAGAGAGUGAGACGCCAAUUGAACAACACUCCCACGCCUGUUCUGGCUGUGCUUCCCCCAACUACUGUCGUGGAGCCUCCAGUGAGAAUUAUCCCGACUCCCUCUUCCCCCUCUAUUGCAGCACCAACUGAAAGCUCUGCUCCCCCUGUAAGAGGCCCCAUUCCCCUUCCAGGCAAGCCUACGAUCAGAGUCCGUGACCCUAUUGCUCACACUCCGACCUUGGGACCUCCUCAACCAACAAGGGUGAUGGAGACCACCAGCACCAUUCCUAUCCAGCCAACCAUGACCAGGCCUAUUUACGUGGAAGCCACUGCCACACCACCCACACCUACCAGAAGACCCACCAAGAGACCCAAGAGGCCUAAAACCACACCAGUGCCCAGAGAGCCGAAGACCUCUACAGCGAAGCCAGCCACACACAUCACUCCGUUACCUGGAGUUAUCCCGGAUCCAUACAAUCACAAGCCUGAAUUGAGUAACCCCCUGGACCAGGUCAAUGCAUUGGUGGGCACCUAUUUUGAGGUUAAGAUCCCGCUUGAUACGUUCUUUGACAAAGAGGAUGGCACAACAGACAAGCUGCGUCUCACCUUGAGACAGAACCACAAUGAAGUAGUUGGAGAGGGCUCUUGGAUCCAGUUUAACACCACCAGCCAACUUCUCUAUGGACUGCCUGAUGUCCAACAUGUGGGGAAACACGAGUAUUUCAUAUAUGCAACUGACAAAGGUGGCCUCAAUGCAAUUGAUGCUUUUGAGGUCCGUGUGAACCGUUGGCCCGUCAACGACAAGACCCCCGUGAUCUUCACAGCCCGAUUCGAUGGUGAGCCGCGUUCAGUAACGAACGACAUCCACAAGAAAAUCCUUCUGGUCAAAAAGCUGGCAUACGCCCUCGGAGACCGCAACAGCAGUACAGUGAGUAUUCGGAACAUCAGCAAAGGGUCCAUUGUGGUGGAGUGGACGAACACCAGCCUCCCGCAGCAUCCAUGUCCAAAGGAACAGCUUGCAGUCAUGAGCAGAACGCUCGCCAGUGCUGAUGGGAGGCCCUCGCAGACCUUCAGGUACUCUAUGGAGCCUGAAUUUAGACCCCUGGACGUCAUGGUCAAGGGAAGGGCAAGCUGCAGGAGAUACUCCUUCCUUCCACCAGAAGAGAUUGACACACCAGAACCUUCGGCAGUCACUCCAGCUCUGGGAACAGGCCGGCAGAGCACUGACGACGUCUAUCUCCAUACGGUCAUUCCUGCCGUGGUGGUUGCAGCAAUCUUGUUGAUAGCAGGUAUCAUUGCAAUGAUCUGCUACAGGAAAAAACGAAAGGGAAAGUUGACCAUUGAAGACCAGGCCACCUUCAUCAAAAAGGGUGUGCCGAUUAUCUUUGCCGAUGAACUCGAUGACUCUAAGCCGCCCCCAUCUUCCAGUAUGCCCUUGAUUCUCCAGGAAGAGAAGCCCCCACUUCCACCGCCUGAGUACCCCAACAUGGCCACACCAGAGACCACUCCCCUCAACCAGGAACUGUUGGGGGAGUACACAGCUCUGCGGGAUGAGGACCCCAACGCCCCUCCCUACCAACCACCGCCUCCCUUCACCACUCCCAUGGAGGGCAAGGGCUCCCGUCCCAAGAACAUGACUCCCUACAGAUCGCCACCUCCCUACGUGCCGCCCUAAGACUUGUUGAACCCUCCCCUCAUAGGGUGGAGGGAGAGGAUGCCUGAGGAACUGUGACGGUUUCCAUUCUGGUGUCUGUCUGGACAUUUACAGGGAGAGAUGACAAGAGGUGCUAAAGUACAAAACAGCUACAAGGGAUUUUGGUUUGGGAGGGGGAGUGAUGAGUCGGGUGGGGUUUUACAGCGGGGCAGAUGAUUGGUCGGAACAGCUGGGAGGGACUACUGUUUUGGUGGUAGCCCAGCUACUGCAGUGGCCUAAGACAAACAGAUUCUCGUCAGCACUGGCCUUCGGGUUGACCAGUUGGUCAGAAGCGACAAUUGGGAGACAUGCGCUCCCAUCCCAGCAGCAUUUCAUUUUUUUCCUCUGUUGAUUUUGGAUACUGGCUUUUAAUAUCUUUUUUUCAUCUUCAGCCCAAGAUUAUCACCAUUCUUUCUUUUUUUUUGGACUGAAUCCUUUGCCUAACAACUCUUUUGUCUUGCUUUUAAAUAAUACGAGAAGACAGUGGACUGCCAACAGACCCGCUGCAGGCAACAGCUCGUGUUUUUAAUAUGGAGAUCGAGAUUCUCUCAAUAUUAAAGAAAAAAAAAAAAAAAAAAGCUAUCGCCAGGAUCUCGGCUCAACCCUGCAGACGACACAAGAGAACGGGAGGUGUGUGCGCACGUGUGAAUGAGUGGGUGUGUUUAUUCAGAUUCAAUACGGUUUGCCUUUUAACACUAGUUGUCUGUUUCUAUCCUUAUUCACAAUGUCUAGUAAACAUGAGAAUAACAAGGUAGCCUAAAAAAGAUUUAGAGAUGAAUAAUAAUUUUAGUUUUAUUGGUUUUAAAAUUCACUGUAUAUCUGGAGGGUGUCCUGAUAGAUUGUGUUAUAUUUUUUUGUUCGGUGGUGGGAGAAAGUGGGAAGGAAGGGAUCGCCUCAUGAAAGAAAAAACCUUUUUUAAUCCUGUUUGGAUUUUAUAACAACAACAUGUCGCUAACAGGUAAUUUGAUGAAAAACCCACCUUCUUCCAGUUGCCCUCACACCGUCAGCAGAUCUAACAGGCUCGAUAAGAUGUAAAAUAUCAAGCUACUGUUUUUGACAAAAUCAAUAAUAUAACUGAUUGUAAAUGCAGAAUUUAAUGUGGAUUUGGAUGCACUAUAUAUAUGUAUAUAUAUAUAUAUAUAUAUAUAUAUAUAUAUAUAUAUAUAUAGCUAUGUCGUCCAAUUUGACCUUACUUUGAUGACAGUGUUACUUGAGUUUGACAAAUCUAUAGUAAAACUAAGUGCUCAAAUACAGUAUAACAUCUUCAAUGUGAACCUGAACGGUAAGAAGAGCCCGACAGCUUAUUUUGGUCAAGGGAUAAUUAUUUUUUUAUGCAACAAGGCCAGUUUUUCUCUCGUAAGUCUGAGAAGAAGAAACAUUUUGUGCCAUGGAGACUGUCCCGGACGGGAUUGUACAGAUAUUCACAUUUUACCGGUCACAGAGGAGACAAUGGUGGCUGAGAUUGGAAAACGAUGGAAGACCCAUCAAUUUCUAGUAAUUCGCGGUCAAGUACAAUCUCAUAAUUUCCUCCUUUUCUUUUCUUUUUUUUUUUUUUUUUUUACAAAGUUUUUGAUACAGCCUCAAAUUGUUUGAUUAUUGAAAUAAAACAUGAUUAAUGAUUAGCCAUCUGUGAUUUGUAAAAAUCUUAGCCUAGAAGUUCAAUUAUGAUUCAGUUAUGUACACUUUAUUCUUUUUGUCAUGGGUCACCUAAUUCAAGUGUUUUAAUUUUACCGUGUGUGUGUGUGUGUGUGUGUGUGUGUGUUUGCAUAUCACAAUGUAUCUCCCACUAUACAAAGAUGGAAUGACCCAUAUUUUAUGUAAUCACAAAUUUUUAUUUUUAUGUCCUCAUGUUUGCCGAUGAUGAGUUUCAACUGAAAGUGACCCUUUGCAAUAAUGAUGUAAGGCACAGUCCACUCAGCGGCUGGUCGGUGCAGGCUCGAGCGAGUGACCCGUACUGUCAUGAUCUUGUUGGUUUUUUGCAGGAUGCCAAGGCUUUUGCUUAUCGAGUGUGCAUUGUCAUAAUAAAACCAACUGGUACGAUUAAAACAAAAACAAAAAUCAA